UACUGAGCACUGAAAAAGGAACAAAGAAUUAGUUCCUUGCUAACCUCUAGGAAACAUUUCCCGCCACAGACAAUGGAGGUGGGGGUGGGGAAUCAAGAUUUACCCAGGGGUCACCCUGACCCCAUUUCUCCAGCGCCCCCUCCCCACCCUUCCCCCCGUUAGGGAGAUACGGGGUUGGCCACGCCCACAGCGCUGUUCCAAACUCACUCGGCCAAGGGGAAGCACGCGGGCACCCAGGGCCGGGAGCCCCUCCCCCGCAGUUAAGGGGGGCGCCUCCCCUCCGCCAGAUGGAUCCGGAUCUCGCGAGGUCACGCCCUGGGCUGAGGUAAACCUCAGCUGAGGAGCGCUUCCGAGCGAGCGAGCGGCGACCCUCCUGCGCCCACUUCCCUUGCCCUCACCAGGCCAGGCAGAACCGAACCCCGGCUCCGUCCCUCUCCUUCUUGGAAGUUCGAAGCUCACUCUCAGAACCUGCCCUGAGAGGCAAAGAGCGAGCCAGGCCGCCCCGCCCGCCUAGCCCGCGGUCACCAUGGCCCACCUGAGAGCCUACGAGGUCCGGCAGCUGCUGCACAACAAAUUCGUGGUCGUCAUGGGGGACUCGGUCCAGCGCGCUGUGUACAAGGACCUGGUGCUGCUGCUGCAGAAAGACUGCCUGCUGUCCUCCCAGCAGCUGAAGGCCAAGGGCGAGCUGAGCUUCGAGCACGACGUGCUGCUGGAGGGCGGCAGGUGGGGCCGCAUGCACAAUGGCUCCCACUACCGCGAGGUGCGCCAGUUCCGGGCCGGCCACCACCUGGUGCGCUUCUACUUCCUCACGCGCGUCUACUCGCCGUAUGUCGAGAACGUUCUAGAAGAGCUGCGCUGGGGCCCCCACGCCCCAGACGUGGUCAUCAUGAACUCCUGCCUCUGGGACCUCUCCAGGUACGGCCAGGACUUUCCUAGGAGCUACAGGGAAGACGUGGAGAGCCUGUUCCGGCACUUUUACCACGUGCUGCCCCAGGCCUGCCUCCUGGUGUGGAACACGGCCAUGCCUGUGGCCCAGGUCGUCUCGGGAGGCUUCCUCCCGGAGGCGGGCCAGCCGGGGCCGGUCCGCUUGCGGGAAGACGUGAUGGAGGCCAACUUCUACAGCGCCAUCGAGGCAGACAGGCACGGCUUCGACGUGCUGGACCUGCAUUUCCAUUUCCGCCACGCCGGGCAGCACCGACUGGGAGACGGCGUGCACUGGGAUGAGCACGCGCACCGGCGCCUCUCCCAGCUGCUGCUGGCCCACCUGGCAGACGCCUGGGGAGUGGACCUUCCCUAUCGCAACCCCGAGAGCAUGUGGAUCAGAAACGGUCCCAGAGGCAGACGCCCGGGUCUCGCAGGCAGGAGACAAAUUCUGGAAAACCCAGGUGACCAAGGCAGACCAGGCUUGUCCACCCCUCCGUGCCAUCCAGCCCCUCCGCAACUGCCAGGGACACACCCCCGGGCCCGUUCUCCUGUACGGUCCUACCGCCGAAGAACCCGAUGGCCCUACAACCAAUCUUUCCUGCACCGACGAAUUUACAACAACUCCUUGCGCCAGACCAGAUAUACCAGAGAAGCGCACCCGAGGGGUAGCCUCCAGUCAAGGCUGGGCCCCAUGCGCCCAGGCUCUACCCACAACCCAGGCAGGAGGUCUUCCCCUUACCCUCGCCGGCGCUACAGCGAGUCACGGAGACGCCAGCAAAGACGCUCAGAGAGAUGGAACCCAGCGCACGCAGAGACAAGGCCCCAUGACCAGAACCAGAACUAGACCUAGACCUCUUUUCCAGUAUGAGUCUUGGCUUUCAGCAGCCCUGUUGGGAUGGGGAUUCUUUGAGCUGCUUACUCUGACCAGUUGACAACCUCGUCCUUUUUGUCAAAGCUUGCACACACCGUUUCGUGGAGAGAGGACACCGACUCCGACCUUCAUACCGUCUUCUUCUUAUCACUUGUGCAGAAAAAUCCACAUGGAGAAAAUCUAUCGUUGAAAAAAGAAGAAACGUUGUCUUUCCUAUUAUAAGUCUUCAAGCAAUAUUCUUCAUGACAUGCUUCUGUUAAAAGAAAAAAAAAAGGUAAAAACUUAAAACUUACCGAAAUAUUUCAUUUCUGUUUCACCAUUAGUUUUUGCAUUUGUUCAUAGUGCUUAAUCGCCACAGCUUUUGCAGUUAAAUUGUCUUGCUUUUACAAAUACGAGGUUUAUUUUUCUUAGAAACAUGGAAUGUUUACUUUCAAUGUAAACAGUAUUUGUUUAGGUAUAAACUAACUAGCACUUUGUUAAAAUAGACUUUUAUUAGAGCAAUUUUAGGUUCACUGCAAAAUUGAAUGGAAAAUACGGAAUUCCCAUGUACUCCUUAAUUUCACACAGCCUCUCCCACUAUCAACAUCCCACAUAAGAUGGUAUGGUGCAGUCGUUAUCUUUUGUAAACCUAUUUGACAGAACAUUUUUUGCUCAACUCCAUUCAUAGUUAACAUGAGGGUUCAGUGUUGUAUAUUCUGUGGGUUUUGAAAAACGUUUAAUGACAUGUUUCCGUUAUUAUAGUAUAAAACAGUAUAAACUGCCUUGAAAGUCUGCUCUGCUCUGUCACUUUGUUCUCUCCGCCCGAUCUCCAGCAACCAUGGAUCCAUAACUGUUUCUAUAGUUUUGGCUUUUCUUGAAUGUUACACAGUUAGAGUCAAUCACAUUACAUGUGAACUUUUCAGAUUGGUUUCUUUGAUCUAGUAAUAUAUUUUUAAGUUUCCUCCAUGUUUCUUUAUGGCCUGAUAGCUCGUUUAUUUUUAGGCCUGAAUUUUAGCCCAUUGUCUGGACUAAGCACUGUUUAUUGGUCUGUGUACAUACUGAAAGACAUCUUGGUUGCUUCCAAGUUUUGGCAAUUCUGAAUAAAGUUGUUAUAAACAUCUGUGUGAAGUUUUUUUGAUGGAUAUAAGUUUUCAGGUGAUUUUCGAGUAUAUCAGGUAAUGCAAUUGCCAUAUCAUGUGGUAAGGAUAUGAAUAAUUUUUUAAGAGACUACUCUUUGCCAAAAAUCAAAAUAUCUAUUUCUAGGUUUCUAUUGUGUUCCAUUGACCCAUUUGUCUAAUAUUUUGCCAACAUCAUAUUUUUUAUUACUGUAGCUUUACAAUAAGUCUUGAAGUCACGUAUUGUCAGUUCUCUGACUUAAUUAUCCUUAAAAGCAUGUGGAGUAUUCUAGAUCUUUUAUCUCUCUUUAUAAAACUUUACUCAGUCUGUCACUAUCUGAAAAUUUAGCUUUCAGUGGGAUUACAUUGAAUUUACAGAUCAAAUUGGGAAG